UACGUUCUUGCUUAAAGUCCCACGCUACUCCCUACUAAACUGCGAACAACGACGCAAAAAAAAUGCUCAGGUCCUUCGCCAAAAGUUCCCUCCACCUCUAUCUCCACCAAAACCAAAACCAAAACCCAAAAACCCUCCACCUCCUCCUCCUCCGCCACCUCACCACCCUCAAUGCCUUCCCUCCCCAAAACCCCGCCGUGGCCCCCACCAAAGACGACUACUUCUCCGCCAUCCACCACAUCACCAACAUCGUCCGCCGCGACCACUUCAUGGAGCGCACCCUCAACAAGCUCCGCAUCUCCGUCGACUCCGACCUCGUCUUCCGCGUCCUCCGCGCCUGCUCCGCCUCCGCCACCGAGUCCCUCCGCUUCUUCAAUUGGGCCCGCACCCACCACCCCACCUACCACCCCACCACCCUCGAAACCGAAGAGCUCGUCAAGACUCUCGCCCGCUCCAAAAAAUACGAGUCCAUGUGGAAAAUCCUCGACUCCAUGAAAACCCACCACGGUUUAACACUCUCCCAGGACACCCUUUGCUUCAUUAUCCAAGAGUAUGGCAAGCACGGCCUAAUCGACCAGGCCGUUGAGCUCUUCAAUCGAGCUCCCAAAACCUUUAACUGCUUGCAGUCGGUGGAAGUUCACAACGCUCUGCUCUUCUCUCUCUGCCAGACUAAGCUCUUUCACGGCGCUUAUGCCUUGGUGAGGAGGCUGAUUCGAAAAGGGCUCAUUCCGAAUAAGAUGACGUAUUCCAUUUUGGUCAAUGCUUGGUGUUCUAAUGGGAAGAUGAAGGAGGCGCAGCUGUUCUUGGAGGAGAUGAGUGAGAAGGGGUUUAAUCCGCCGGUUCGAGGCCGUGAUCUGUUGGUUGAGGGGUUGCUCAAUGCUGGUUAUAUUGAGGCUGCCAAAGAUAUGGUAAGGAAAAUGGUGAAGGAAAACUGUGUACCUGAUGUUUCUACUUUUAAUGCAUUGCUAGAAGCUAUUUGUAAGUCUGGGGAGGUUGAGUUUUGCAUUGGUCUUUAUUGGGAGGCAACUGGAUUGGGGCUUUGUCCUGAUAUUAAUACUUAUAAAGUGUUGAUACCGGCGGUUUCGAAGGUUGGGAGGAUGGAUGAUGCAUUUAGGCUUUUGCAUAAUGCGAUUGAGGACGGGCACAGGCCGUUUCCGGGCUUGUAUGCCCCUAUUGUUAAGGGGAUGUGUAGGAAUGGUCAGUUUGAUGAUGCAUUUUGUUUCUUUAGUGAGAUGAAGGUCAAGGGUCAUCCUCCGAAUCGGCCGGUAUAUACCAUGUUGAUAACUAUGGCUGGACGUGGAGGCCGGUUUGUUGAGGCUGCGAAUUACUUGAUGGAGAUGACUGAGUUGGGGUUGAUGCCGAUUUCACGGUGCUUUGAUUUGGUCACGGAUGGAUUGAAGAAUAGUGGGAAGCAUGAUCUGGCUAAGAGAAUUGAGCAAUUGGAAGUUUCUCUUAGGGGUACAUGAUGAUGCUUCAUUUGAGUAGUGGAAUGAUGAUGAGUUUUUGCUCUUCAAGGAUGACUAUUGCGUCUGCCAUUUUAGUUAAGAGACAAUGGUAGUUAAUCAAAGAAGAAAUGGUAUGGAUAGGAACCUACCGGAGUAUGGAAAGGAGGAGUGAAGAAAGAAUCAUCCAUUCAGCCGAUCAGGCCAAAAGGUUUGGGAAGACAGAGAGUUGGUUAAUAGAUCUGGUGGCAAAGAGCCGUAUGUAAAUUCAGUUUCUUUGUAUCAUCUUAACAAAUAAGUUAAUUUCUUUGAUAUCUAAUAAGAUGUGGAAUACAUAUAUUUUUUUUGAAUUGGUUCUUACCGGUGGUCAAUGUAUGGAGUGGUAUGAAACUCAUUCUCACGAUUGUUCCAAAUCUUUUUCAAUGAAGCCUUGAAUCUAAGCUUAAGAGUUGAGAGUGAUCCAGUAUAAUCCUAGGCAAAUUAUAAUAUAAGUUACUCUAGUUGGCAUUCUUGGAUGGUCAUCCAUUGUUGCAGAAUAGCUCUACCCAAAUAAAUAUAGGAAAAAAGGUUCAUAUUGUCUGGUGCAUCUCAUUUAGUAAGUGCCCGGGUUCUAUAUCUCUGAGCCUCUGACUGAUAUGAUUCUUGGCAAGGUAUAAUUUAAGUUAUUUUGAGUUGGCACUGUUGGAUUAACCAGAGACUGUACUGGAUAUUUACUAUAUACUAAAGCACCUGUACUGUUCCUAAGCAUUGCUCAUAGCAGCAAUGGAAUGGCCGUUUUGCCCCCGAAGUUCAUUAUGUAGCGAGAGAAAGGCUGAGCGUUUUGUAGUUUGUUCGGUAGACUUCCAUCGACUAUAGCUAUCCAGCUCUGAGAUACAGGCGUGGCCAUCAAGCUGUCCGAUAGAAGCGUGGCAUUAGAUGCGAGUAUCGACCGCAUCAAUCAGGAUCUGAGAUACGUAGGUUGGGCUGAAAACGAGUAGGAGAGGUUGGUUUUCUAUGCUGAUUUGCCAAAUUUGAGAUUUAAAAUUUUUGAUUUGAUGUCAUCGUAGGUUGCUGGGGGUGCGAAAGAGAAGAGGAGGGAUUCAAGAUUGUGGUGGACUUUGGGGGAAGAGUUUGGGUUUGUUUCCGGAGAGGUGGAUUCAAAAAUUUAGAUCGAGUUUGGGGGAUAGCUUUUAGCAGGAAAAGAGGCUUCGGUUUGUACAGUUGGUGUCUUCAUAGCCGUAAUAGUCAUUGUUAUCAAAUCCUCGCUCCCAUAACAAUGCCAUCGUAUAAAUAUCCCAAUGCUGAUGAUGUUUAGAUCAAGCGUCCGCCUGUAAUGAAAUCACAGUCAACAAAGAAAAAUUGGCAUUAUGGAAUGCUAGGGAGGUUCAUAAUAGGAAGUUGCGAUACAAAGCUCCUAGAAUUGCUGGAUUGUAAAAAUUGCUUAACUCUUGGACGUUGUAUAUGCUUAUGUAAGGUAUCUUUUUUUUACUUCUCCGACUAUGUAUGAACUAUCAAAAGUUAUACGAUGUUUUGCUAUUGCAUACAAGUCAUGAAUGUGAUCUGUACACAAAUGGUAGAAAGCAAUUAGAAGCUCAGAACAGUUAGUAUGAAGCUUAUGAUUACACUGCUGAGUGGAUAAAUUACUGUUAGGUUUGAGGAAAAGAUUUAUACUGCUGCUACUAGCAAUAGAUUCAUGUAUAUCUAUGAUUUCUUGAUACUUCCAGGUCCAUUAUUUUUUUCAUUCUGUGGUUAGUUAGCAGAAAUGCAGAUUAAUUCGCAAGUCCGAUGAGCUAACAUGCGGUUAGAAAUGUUUAAUUAUCGUUUGUGGUGGUGAGAAUUCCUGAAAUUGUCUCUGUUUGUUUAUUGUAGUCAAAGUUGGAAAGUUUAGAAUAUUGAAGUUCAUUUCUUGAUUAACUGAAUUGAAAUUAUUGUUUUUGAUGUAACUUGGUGGAAGCCUAUGAGAUGGCUGGUCAGUAAGUCUAUUGUUUAACUGGCUUUCUGCCUCAAAAGGCAAUAUUUUCUCAAACCAGGUGGCAGAAAAGAGAGCUGCAUUCUUACCAUUGCUGCAUUUUGGAUUGCAGGACCCUUUGCUUUAUGGUCAGUUAGGAUAUUUUUGCUCAAGUUUGUGAUCACCUUUGAAUUAUGCUAUCAAUUGUUCUGAAUGGUAUCUCAUGGGAAAGUGAUAGUUCGUGCUCUUGAAGAAAAUGCUAGAGCUUCCCACAAUUUGGACACUCUUUGAACUACAGAGCCGUUUGAGAAAACACCAAUUCAGAUGCCUGAUGAAAAAAGUUGAUGCAUUGAUGAAAGCCAUGGAGCGGAGUCUAUGACAAUAAAGAAAGAACCUGUAGCUAAAGAUAAAGAAGCUGCAACAGCUCAGGUGGAUGCUAACAAAAAGAAGAGUUUAUAUAAACUCAUCUAUGAGGUUGUAAUUACUUUUCAACAGCCUCAAUACCAUUCUUUCCUUUUGUAUUUUGCUUCUGUAAUAGCAUCCUUUCAAACAUUAAAAAUUUUCAAAUCUGAUCUCUGAA